GGUGGUAGAUGUAAAAUAAGUAACACAUCUCUCUUGUAAGAAAUAUAUUAAUAAUUGGAAAAUACUUACAGUUUAAAGAUUUGACAUUUGAUAAACACCAAUUUUAUAUAAAAUAUUGUGAAUUAGUGUUAGCAGCACUGUAGAUGAAUUAAAAUACAGUAAAUUGUAACUGUUUCAUCCUGCUGGUAUUUUGACACUUCAUAUAACCUCAAACUUCAACACAAGAAGCACUAUGUCCAACUUCAUGCAAAUUGUGGAGGCCCAGAAGACCAUGGAGAGCAGUGUCCGCAGGAUGCUCACUGAGUUUGAGCGGAAGUUGAAUAAUUCCCCAGCAGCCAAGGUGACCAUUGCCAGUGUCAGCGAGGAACUUUCAGUGUUUAAGGAGCAGACAUUGGCAUUGCUCAAACUCAUGGGAGAGCAAAUCAAUGCUCUCAGCAAAUCCCAGGACAUCAUGGAGAUGAGGCACAGGCGAAAGUUUCUUUUAUUUAAUGGCAUACCAGAGGAAGCCGACGAAAAUGUAAGCGCUAAAGUCUCUAGUAUUGUCAGCGAGCAUUUGAAGAUCCCUGAUGUAUCAUCACCUUGCCUUAGGGCUUGUCAUCGGCUCGGUAAGCCUUCUGAAGGUCGUUGCAGGCCCAUUCUGGUGCGUUUUGCCGACAUAAGUCUAAAAGCUUCAGUCUGGAAAAAGAAAACAGCCUUCAAGGGGACCGCGUUUUCUCUUGCCGAGUUCCUCACUCCGCAGCGGCAGGCCCUGUUUACAGAAGCGCGCAAGGCGUUUGGCAUGAGGAACUGCUGGUCUCUUGAUGGCAAAAUCCACGUUAAGUUGCGCACGGGUAAACGAGAACGCAUCGAGUCCGAGGAUGACAUCAUUCGGCUGAAGACUGUACAGGGCGAGCGCCCGGCGCAAUCGACGUCUACACCUGAGCAACCAGUUGAAGAGGAGAACGCGACGAACCCCAGUGGCCAGCCUGGCCGAUCUCGGCGUGUUGUAAAACCGGUGUCGCUUUAUUAACUGUAGUGCCGUGUUAUGGUGGGUUGGUUUUAUUUCCAAGGUAAACAGAACACGGUACAACUUAGGUUUAUUUGAUUGUAAUUUCUUCUUACCCUCUAGUUUACUUUUAGAGAAUUUUUUUAAUUGCAUGUUUUAUGAAACGUCAGUCUAACGUCAAGAUCUGUCAGUUCUUGCUAAAGUUUGUUUGAGUCACAGUUUGUAGAUAAAUCGUUUGAGCUUUGUUUUAAAACACUUGUUUGUUGAAGUUUUCUUUUUCUUGUUACAGUUUUUUGUUUCUAUGUGUUUACUCUGUACCAAACUCUGUACUCUGUAAUCUCUCACAGGCAAACCAGCAGGAUGAGCAGGAUUGUAUGAUUGUGCUGUUAAUGUAAUUAUGUUAUUUUUAUAAGCAUAUUUUUAGCAUAUUUAAUAUAUUAUAUAUUUAUAUUUGUUGCACUUGAUGUCCGAUGAUGAUACUUUUUAUUCUGCCAGCAAUGAUAAUUCGGCAUUUCUGUCAAUUAAUUCUCUAAACACUUCACACACUAUUAACACUAUUUUGACUCAUGAAUUCGAUUCUUGCCACUUCAAUGUUUGCCACAUCAACGCCCAAAGCAUACCGUCCCAUUACACAGACCUUAUUGAUACGUUUCAAACUGACCUUGUUCAUGCAGUCCUGGUAUCUGAGAGCUGGUUGAAACCGUCACUCGAUUCUACUUCUUAUGCCCUGCCUGGGUUUGUUUUAAUUAGGAAUGAUCGUACUGGAAAGGGUGGCGGUGGUGUGGCCAUUUACCUCAGGAGCACUAUUCCGUAUAAAAUACUGAACUUAACGCAGUCUCACUACACUGGGUCGGCGGAGUGGAUUUUCCUCGAGAUAAAUGUUAAAGGGGUCAAAGCCGUUCUUGGGGUAGUCUACAGUCCCCCAGCAAUCGAUUAUUUUUCAAAAUUAGAACAAGUUUUUGAGUCACUUAGCACGGAUUACACACAUCACCUGAUAAUGGGUGAUCUUAAUACUAACCUAUGUAAAGACUCGCCCCAUAGUCAUAAAUUGAAAGCGUUACUUCAGUCCGUUAAUUUCUCUCUUCUUCCUCUAGCUCCAACUCAUCACACUGCUACAACUGACACGUGGCUGGAUGUCAUUCUUUCGUCAUCCCCUAAUCUCGUUGUAAAGCAUGGUCAACUUCCGGCCCCUGGGUUUUCUCAUCACGAUUUGAUAUAUGCGUGUUAUAAAAUAAAACCACCGAAAUGCAAGCCUGCUCUUGUAACCAUGCGCUGUUUUGCCAAAGUCGACUCUGGUUCUCUUUCUAGAGAUGCAGCGGCCAUUGAUUGGACGCCAGUGUUUUCUGCCCCUUCAAGUGAUGCAAAGGUGUCCCUUUUCAAUGCUGCCGUAUUAGAUAUUUUUGAUAAACAUGCACCAGUGCGUACCGUGCGGGUCAGGCGUCCCCCGUCACCUUGGAUUACCGAAGGCGUUCGUACAGCCAUGAGGAGAAGGGACCGAGCCUUUAGACUUUAUAAGCACCGCCGUACCGAGGACAACUGGAUUUUGUUUAAAAAAGCUCGCAACCGGUGCAAUCAGAUGGUGCGUGCAGCGAAGCGUCGUUUCAUUCACCACAAUGUCUCCUCUUCCUCUAUGGCCGAUGUUUGGAAGUUCCUUAAAUCACUGGGGCUGGGUAAGCAAGGUGCUGGAUGCGAUGGCACUGCUUUUUCACUUAACGAACUCAAUAGGCACUUUGCAUCUGCUCUGUCCGUUAACGAUCGCAUUAAGGCAACAACUCUUUCAAUUAUUUCGUCCCGUCCCUCCUCUUCCCUGUCUGUUUUCUUCUCUUUCAACCCAACCUCUCAAACUGAUGUAAAAGACAUUGUUCGAGCCAUCAAAUCUAAAGCCGUUGGUUGUGAUGAUGUGAGUCGUCACAUGAUAGUCGCAAUUCUUGAUUGUGUGCUUCCUGUGAUAACUCACAUCAUCAACUUUUCUUUGGUAAAUGGCGAAUUCCCUGAGCUCUGGCGGAAAGCAUUUGUUAUUCCUCUUCCCAAAAUUAGUAAUCCUACCUUGCCUAGUAAUUUCAGACCCAUCUGUAUCCUCCCUUUUCUAUCUAAGAUCGCUGAAGCCACGGCUCACAGACAACUCUCUGACUUUAUACACUCUAACAAACUGUUGAGCCCGUUUCAGUCUGGUUUUCGACCUGGCCACAGUACUUGUACUGCUCUCAUUAAGGUAACUGAUGACAUCAGACGUGGCAUGGAGGAUCAAUUGGUCACAGUACUCAUUUUGAUUGAUUUCUCAAACGCUUUUAACACUGUUGAUCAUGACAUUCUCCUUGCUCUUCUCAACCAUCUAAAUGUCUCAUCUACAGCCCUUAGAUGGUUUUCUGCUUACCUUGGGGGCCGCAAGCAAGCAGUCCGAGUUGAUCGGGCUUUGUCGGACUGGUGCGAUCUGGCUACUGGCGUACCUCAAGGUGGUAUUCUCUCCCCGCUUCUCUUCUCCACUUUUAUUAACUUCAUCACCGCCGAACUUUGCUGCGCAUACCAUCUUUACGCCGAUGAUUUACAGCUCUACGACCAGUGUAAAGUAACGGAUAUGUUAGCCGCUACGGAAAAGCUAAACAGGGACCUCGCUCAUAUUCAGCAGUGGUCAGAAAAGUUUGGCCUAUUUGUAAAUCCCGCCAAAUGUCAGGCCGUUAUUAUCGGUAGCUCGCGUCAGCUGGCCAAGUUGGAUCUGGAUACGAUUAGGCCGGUGUGUUUCAAUGGCACUCCUAUACCUUUUAGCCCGUCUGUAAAGGAUUUAGGUGUGCACUUGGAUUGUACUUUGAGCUGGAGACCGCAGGUUGCCGAAAUCAGUCGGAAGGUUACGGGCACCCUUCACGCUCUUAACAAAUUCAGACACUUUUUGCCAGUCAAAACUAAAACUUUAUUAGUUAACACCUUAAUCCUACCCAUUAUCGACUAUGGUGAUGUAUGCUAUCCUGACUUAAAUGAAGAGCUACUUGACAAGUUGGACCGUCUUCUUAAUAAUUGUAUCCGCUUUAUCUUCUGUCUCCGGAAAUAUGAUCAUGUGUCCUCGUUUCGUUCCCAGUUGGGCUGGCUCCCUAUUCGUCAACGGCGUAAUAUUCGUAUGCUCUGCACUCUCUAUUCCAUUCUCAAUGAUCCACACUCCCCUGAAUACCUUAAGUACUUCUUUCACUUUUAUGGUGCUUCUCGUGACCGUCAAUUUCGCUCUACUGGCAAUCUCUCUCUUUCUAUCCCCACUCAUAGAACAAGCUUCAUGUCUAACUCUUACGCCAUUCAGGCAGCACGUCUCUGGAACGGUCUUCCCCCUAACAUUAGAAAAGCUCCCAACAAG